AUGCCUCAUACAAAUGAAAUACCACAACAUGAAAACAAUGUCUUCUCCAAAUUAACCGAAAUUCGUUCAAAAUUAUCUUCAAUGAAGAAAGAUCGAUCACAAUAUUUAAAUUCAAAAGAUGUAUUAAAAAUUUAUAAUGAUGUUUUGUUAGUGGUUAAAAAUUUAAAUCAAAUAAGAGAACAAUUCCCUAAUGAACAUUUACCAAAUAGAGUUGAUCAAGUUCUUGAUGAUGUUUUCCAAUUAUUAUCAUUAUUCUUUAUAACUGUUGGUUUAACUAAAAGUGCACCUGCUACUUAUGCAUCACUUUCCACUGUACAAAGAUUAUUAGAACAUUUAAAUGAAUCCAGAGUUUAUACUCAUCAUGAUUUAAAACCUAUUAAGGAGAGAUUAGAUGAAAUUUCUAAUAUUAUUAAUGAAAAUAAAGUUGAAGAAGAGGAAGAUUUCCUUUUGAAACAUAAAUUAAAAGAAUGUUUUUUAGAAUAUAAUGAAGUUGAAAAUAAAGUUGAAGAUGUUGAUGAUUCAUUAUCUUCUAUCUUGGAGGAAUUAAUUUCAACAAGAAGAAAAUUAUUAAGUGUUGCUGCAAGACCUGAUUUUAAAACUGAAGAAUUAAUACCAUUAAAACAAAAUUUAAUUGAUUUGGGUAAACAUCGUGAUUCAAAUGGGAAAUUCAAAUCAUUAGAAACUGAUAAAUUUGAAGAAAAUGGUCAAAGUGUAUUGAAUGGAUUAUUUGAUGAUUGUACAGUAUUAAUUAAAGAUUUAGAAGCUCAUAGAUUUGAAUUAGAUGAUAAUUUAAAACCAAUUUAUGAUCGUUUAGUUAAUUUGAAAACUACAUUGGAAGAUUUAUUAGUUACAAGAAGAUGGACAUUAAGAGAAACUGAUUUAUAUACAUAUCAAAAAAAUUUACAAGAAUUAGAUGAUUUAAGAAUUGAUGGGAAAUUUCCAACAAGUGAUGAUUCAAAAAGUCAUAAAGGUCAAUCAGUAUUAUUAUAUUUAUUAAGAAGAUGUUAUGCAAUUAUUUAUAAAUUAUUAGAAUCAAGUGAACCUGUUAGUGAAGCAUUAACUCCAAUUCAUAAUCAAUUAUCAACAGUACGUAGAUGUCUCUUGGAAGUUAAAAGAAUGGGUGGUAUAAAUUCAGCAAGAGAAUUAUAUCCAUAUCAAAUGAAAUUAGCUUCAUUAGAUAACUUGAGAGAAGAUGGGAAAUUUAUUGUUGAUGGACAAAUUCCAGAAGGUCAAGGUACUUUGAAUGCAUUAUUAGCUGAAUGUUAUGAUAUUGCACAAGAAAUGAAGAUUGAAGCGGAGGAUAAUGAUGAAUCAAAAUCUGAAGAAGAUGAAGAAAUUGAUCAAGAUGGGAAUUUAUAUGAAAAUGAUCAAGAUGAUGAUGAAAAUUUAGAUGAUGGUUUAGAUGAUGAAGAUUAUGAUGAUGAUGAAUUAACUGAUUAUCAACCAAGUUAUGCACCAAGUAUUGCUGGUUCUGAUGUUGCAGCGUAA